CGUCUCCUUUUCUGCAUUCUUUCCUCAGGGCAGUCAAUCCAUUGUUAUUCAUGUCUUCCUUCUGGAUCAGAUGUUGCCAAUUCAUCGAAUUACUGUGAGACGCAUUCAAGAGUCACAGACUGCUCAGAACAUCCUGAGUUUGGAGAACAUUAUGACUCUUGUUUCACUAAGGUGAUUUACAAAAACGGCAAGGCAAUUGCCAGUAUUAAAGAAUGCGCUAUUUUAAGCGGUUGUGAGGAGCUGGAGCAAAUUCUAUGCGAGGAUAGCGAGGAUGGAUCGGGAAAUCCUUCACCCCAAAAUUGUUGGGUUGAUUGUUGUCAAGAUAACUUUUGUAACACAGAUCCCGUCGACAGCCCAGGAUACGUUAGACGCAGGCAAGCUGAGAGAACUAAAGAUGCAUAUGUGCGUUCUGGAGGCAAUUUUGUUUUGAAGUCAGCGACGUUCGGUCGUAUUGUGACAAUCACUUUCGUGACUUUUCUUUAUGUGUUGAUCCUUCGGUGAGGCCUGGUCUGUGUUGAAGUGAAAUGUGGAUGGAAAGAAUGCUACGACAGAGUGUUGACUUCAAAAUAGAAGUUUCUUUACUCAGGUUAAAAGUUGUAAACUAAAUGGUAAUUUCAUGAAUGAAUUCUAUAACUUCACGCAGAAAAUUACGAUUGAUGAUUCAGUGCGGUGUGCACAGAGAUUGUAGGUCACGUGGCCCGCACGCGUGGUCACGUGGCUCGCACGUGAGGUCACGUGGCGUCAUGUUAUAUCGACCCGAAGAUUUGACCUGAAGUGGAUUGUGAGAACUGUAGACUUUGUAUAUUCUCUCAGCUGAUAUAGCUUUAUGCGGAAUGAUAGAACAGCUUUUGCAACCGUGUAUAUAUGGCGUAAGAUCGAACACUAACUUUAGUGUUUUUCAAAUUAAAUACUUUUAUUGGUUUAAUUAAAAAGAAGAAGUACGAGUUUAUAAGAAUUAUUGUAAUGAUCGAGACUACUUUGACGAGCGUUUUCAUUAAGGGGAUCAACUCGCAAUAAGUGUAGGGGCGACGUGACUGCUCUUAGAGGCGAAGUCACUCAUCUCGGGGGCAACGUGACUGAGGGGGCCGUGGAAGACAUGAUUUGUUACAUUGCAAAGAUCGCAGCGGUUGCAAACUUAUGGCAUGCGCCGAUUAAAAAAAAUGUAGUACGCGAAGUUUAUGGCUGUAUCAUUUUGUAGUAUCAAAGUAAAUUUUGCGUGAACUCAAAUGCGACGGAAAUGUUUUUCUUCUACUUAAUUACUUGGGGGUCAUGACGUUUCCCAGAGGGGUUGAGCUAUUUUUGAAAAAAAUAUUUAUCGCUCAUGAUAAAACUCGAUCCUUAAAUGGUGCUAGAAACAAAUCGUAAUUGUAACUCAAUUUAGUUUAAGUUCUUAAAAUGGUAAAUCGUUAGUGCUAAGCUUCAAUCGCCCGUGUUUUUACACUAAACGUCGUUGUAAGACUUCAGUGAAGUGCUAAUCUUAAAUCGCUGACGUUCUGAGGCAGAUCGAUAGCACUAAAUAUCAACUGUGUGCUAUUUUAAAAUAAAUAAAGCAACCAUAACGUCAAUCGUCAGCGUUGUCACCGAUCGUACGUAAUUAGUAAAAAUCGCUACUGCAAAACGUCAAUCGUUAUUGAUAUUAUCGAUUUGUUCUUGAUUCUGCCAUCGAUUGUAUCUAUCCCUCCAUACGUAGAGGUAAAAAUUUUAAUACUGAUUUAGAUCAAUGAAAAUCUAUAAAGUCGACUUUGGGAAAGGUCUGUCCUCGAACCAAGUCUUCCACCCGGCUGGAACUUAUCCUGGUUUCCAGGUCUCUAGAAAGCGACUAGAAGUAUUAAGUCGAACCCUCGCUAACUCGACCUCGCGCUAACUCGAACCAAACUAGUUUCCCGUGGAUUUCCGUCAUACAUUUUCAGUCAUUUUAUCCCCGGUAACUCGAACCCUCGAACCCUCAUACUGUUUCUUCCCAAGACACAUAGGUGAUUAAUAAAGCCACUUUCCGUGAAAGAUUCAACAUUUUCUUCCCCGAUGCCAUCUCCGAUUGUUGAGAAAUUGUUAGUGAAGAUUUUCGCUGUCAUGUCUUAACCCUUGAGAUUGAGAUCGGAGAUUUUCGAAGGAGCAUUCGAGAUUAAGAAAGGCAUAAAAGUUCUAUAAAGUCUGCAGGGUUUUCCUUGAGAGGAUUUGAUUUAUCCUUCCAGCAUGAUUUGAUUGCCAUCCGUCCCUGUCUUUUGGCUCAAUUUCGUCAUUUACACAGCUACUCUCAGCUGGAUUCCUACUUACCAUUAUGAAAACUCGCAAACUCGCAAACUCGCAAAAUUAGUAUCAAACGCAUUUUUCUUUCUUUAACGUAUGCUACGCUCAAUAAUCUCUGGAGUGAGUGACGAACUACAAGGAUACUCCGAAACAAACAAUAAGUGACACCGGGUCAACAUCGGGUCAACAUCGGGUCAACAUCGGGUCAAAAUCGGGUCAACCUCGGGUCAACCUCGGGUGAAGUUCAGCAUUCUAUCGUUAUCCUCACUCGAUCUUACCCUCUUACAUCCCCAUAACAUACUGGCCUUGCCUCCUUAUAGAGGAGGAAGUAGCAACUCUAAAGCGAAAAAUCUCGAGGGUCUUUAGGUUUUUAAGUAUUUUAAGUUCUAUCCUCGAGGGUUUUUUUCGGAAUGAACAGCUCUGGCUUUUCUUUACGAACAAACGAGCGUCAAAAGAGAUUGAACUUGAUGAAACGCCCAUGAAAGGGGAAACAACCGACAUUACUGACUUACAGGUCGUGCGUGGAGAACUGCGCGCUGUGGCCUUUCUUUCAUCAAUUGUGGCUGAAGAAAGAUUAAUUGUUUAACUUUUAGACUUAAAUCUGCAAUAUAUUGCCAGCUGAGAGCAAAGUGACUUGAAGGUUAUUCAGGAACGUAAGCGCCAUUUUGAAAAAGCACUCAUGAUUUGUCCCUCCCGUCGACAAGACAAAAUAAAGUCGAGGUCCCACCCUCCCUACGGUGCUCUUUGCCCUGCGUAGACACGUGACCGCCCGCAACCAGGAUCCUUUCUCGAGGGAGGAAGAAAGUAAACUCUGGGGACGAGGUUGUUUGAACAGCUGAAAAGUAAGAGCUUCAGUGUUUACAGAAGAUAAAGAUAGCUGUGCUAACUGAUUAACAACACACGUCAAAAAUGCGCCGGUAUCAUGCAAAAAGGACACACAAAGAUAAAACGAAAACUCAGAACUUAGAAAAACAAGACCAUGAUUCUGUUCUCAUUUGCUCUUAAUUUUUCUGUGUUAACCCCCUUUCCCAUGGGAACGUGGUCGACAACGUGACGUCAUUUACGUGACGUCAUUGUCCUGUGAUUCUAUUGAGUGGCUUCCAAGACGUGAUUAGAUCAGCUACAGUGGUAAAUAAGACGAAAACCUGAGGUACAUUAUUAAGCUCUUGUUUACUUUUAAAUCCAGUAUUAAUUCAUGUGAACUCAAGUGGAACAAUUUGCUGUCUUACACAUAUCAAUGAUACGGUUUCAUUACCAAGACGAGCGAGAAAAUUUAAAAUGCGCAUUUGAAGUUUGCACACAAAGUCUAAAGAGGGACAGUUUUGUCUCCGUUCAGUUUUGAAAGAAAACAAAGACAUCAAGUUACCAUCGUAAGCAAAGAAAAAAAAAGUUUUCACCUAAUUGUUUUAGACAAAUUGUUGAAAUACCGGAGAGCAAUUUACGUGAGGGAUGAACAAAUUUUAUUAACAAUCACAUUGCCUUGGGAUAGUUCCGCCUGAAUUCUUUUGAACAAUUAGACAAUUCAAUGACCUAUACAACACUGGCUUGACGUUGCGCUUUGAUGUAAAGCGCUACCUGUAAGAGGACAACACGAGAUUAACACUCUAACAAAAAGUUUGGAUUAACUGAUGACACCACGACAUUUACCGUGACCGCUCAAGAACAAGUAGGAGAAAUCUCGAAUGUGAGUUGUUUUCAGGGUCAAAUAUGAGUGCUCAAUUGGGUAGAGAGAGAUCGAGAAGUCUAAAAUCUGCGGUGCUGAGUGGAAGUUUCGAGCGUAAAAUGCGAGCCGAGACCUUAAACGCACAAGAAAAUGCACGACUCGAAAAACAGCAGCGCGAUAUCGAUCUGUUUAAGAACAACACAGAGAAAAUACACAUGGCGGAAAAAAACAAGGUGCAAUCACGAAUGCAAAGUUUGCGGAAAAUUGUUCUUAGCAGAACACAAUCGAGUGAGAGUACGUCAUCUUCGACAGUCAGCUCCAAGAUGGAUGGUGAAUGUGUUCGCUUUCCGAGGCUUCCAAACUCGACAGAUACUAACGGGAAAUUGUCAAUGGAAACCUGUACGGAAAAUUAUCGAUCUGCUCCGGAGUUGCAUUUGGUCUGUGAAGAAAAUGGAAAAGUAGCGACUCAUCUUCCCUCAAUAAAAGAUACUAUCAGUGCAGGCGCUCGAGCUAAGCGAAGGGGUCUUGUCAGGGUGGACAAUGAAAGUUUGAAUAUAAUUGCUGACCGUAGACGAAGCAGAACUCAGUCACAUAGUGUAGUGGAAGAUUUAAAACUUCCAUCAAACAGGGUCGCUCUUAAAUCAACAGUACACGAUUGUUACGGGACACCCUUAGCUAGCCGCAGAGAUCUCAUAGCGGUAAAUUCUUUCCAGCCAAAAGAACUUAGCAACUUGAAUUCGCGGAGGCGAAGUCUUAGUACGGGUGAUAUGACAUUAACGGAGAGAGUCAACUCGUUUUUGGAAAGUAUCGAAACUUCUCCCCUU